AUGCCGAAGAAGAAAGGCAAUCUCAAAGCCGCACUCAACGGUCACUUUGCCCAGCAAGAGCAGAGAGCCAGAGAAAGAGCAGCACAGGAAGCAGCACGACGCAAGGCGCUCUCGGUCACCAAAUCAGGUGCUUCCAAGUCCAAGAACCACAAACACAGGUCUCAACCCGCUCUGCCUUCCGAUGCCGACGGCGCUGCCAGCAAUGACGCAUCCAUGGACAGCAGACCCAUCAUCAAGAAGCGUAAAAGUCUGCCGCAGCCAUUCGCGAGAGACGAUACGAUCCUCAUAGUCGGAGAGGCCAACUUCUCCUUCACCCUCUCCUUGCUCCUCCCUCCACGCGCCCAUCCACCAUCCAACAUUCUCGCUACAGCCUACGACUCGGAACAGGAGUGUUGCUCAAAGUAUCCCGAUGCUCGAGAAAAUGUCGAAAGGAUUCGCCGCCUUGCAGGUCGAGACGAUAUCGUCCUCUUUGGCGUAGACGCAGGACAGCUGGAAAAGUACAAGCAGGUCACGGGUGCCUCGUCCAGAUCCAAAUCUCAACUUGGCCGCAAUCUCGACGAAGGCUAUCAGCUCAGCUCCACUUCUGCAGCUUCAGGGCAGAGGAGGUGGAGCAAAGUAUGGUUCGGGUUUCCUCACGUCGGUGCAGGCCACAAGGACGAGACUCGCAACGUGCUGGCCAACCAGCUUCUUAUUCUUCGCUUCCUGGUCUCGGUAGCACCGUAUCUAACGGUGGGAGCGCUUCCAGCUCAUGCACCUGGCUCCUCGUCGGGAUCCAAUAAACGAUCGGAUUCAGACGACGAGGAUGAACUAGACCUAGAUCCUGCUGCGAAUAUUGAUGAGGCCGAAGACAAUCUUCUCACCGGGAACGUUGCAAACACCGAUGCAGACCGAUCGGUCUUGGACGAAACACAAGCACGUAUUGCAGCCCUUCAACCCUUCUCCCCACCCUCACGUCAAGGCUCGGUCCUCAUCACCCUUCGCAACGCUUCCCCCUACACCCUGUGGGACGUGGCCAACCUCGCGAAGCGUCUACCUCAAAUGCUUCCCGUCAUCGCAUCCACCGCACCCGCUCUGCCCAAAGGUGUCAAGAAACCCACGCUCAAGGACCUCACCGCCAACGGCCUCUCCACCUUGAGUCCCAACAAUCUCCACUCUCGUGCUGUCUCCCAGUCCAAAAACGGAAACAGCAGCGGCGGUGGCGGAGGCGUAGACUCAUCGGGCGUCAAGAGGUAUCGAAGCUAUCACCUCUGGCGAAGCUUCGAAUUCGAUCCCAACGAAUGGCGUGGAUAUCAGCAUCGUAGGACCAUCGGUUGGGUCGAAGGCGUCAGCAGCAGCGCCAACGAGGAUCUGCUCAGGUCCCGCUCGAACCAGCGUGCCGAUCAGGAGCAAGGUGUCAGGGCGAGCAAGGCUGGUGGCGGUGAAUGCAGGACGUGGGAGUUCGGACUUGCUUGA